ACCAAUCAAAACAAAUUGAUUUUUUAAACACCUGCGAAGAUUCCGAGUGAAGGAGAAAUCUAGAAUUUUAAACGCUUUUCUUCUCGUUAGAUAUUUCCACAAUGUCUGCGAAAAAUAUUUACUAUUCUGACAAAUAUACAGACGAAGCCUACGAAUACAGACAUGUGAUGCUUCCUAAAGAUAUAGCAAAGCUGGUCCCAAAGACUCAUCUGAUGUCCGAAUCUGAAUGGAGAGAUAUUGGUGUACAGCAAAGUCAUGGAUGGAUACACUACAUGAAACAUGAUCCAGAGCCACAUAUUUUACUAUUCCGACGUCCUUUACCUCAGUGCCAGCAAUAAAAGUCAUAAAAACAUUUUAUAUACUCUCUGAUUCCAAGAGCAAGUUGUGAUUUUAAAGUUUCCAUCCAGUAUACAGAAUCUUAUCCCGCAUAUGUCAUAAUAUUAUUGUGUAUAAUAUUAUUGUGUAUUUAAUAUGUGUGUGUAUGUGUUUUGGAAGAUACGAUUCAGGACUUGGCACAAGAUCAAAUAUUUUGUUGAAUCACAUGCAAUCGGAAAUAUUUCACCUUUGCAUGAAGUGAUAAUGGUUUUCAAUGUUGAAUCAGCAAGACAGUGUCAUUAAAUCUGUGUUUAAUAGUUAGUGUUGGAAUAAAUAUGUUUGGAAAGAUACAUGGAGAUCAUGUUCAAAAUCUGGCAAAUAGAGCUUCAAUAUAGAUAUAGAUGACUUGAAAUUGGAUUGGUUACAGUAAUAAUGAGUAAACAGCAGCAUCCAAUCAGAAUGCAUGACACAUUGGUUACAGUAAACAGCAACAUCCAAUCAGAAUCCAAGACAAAUUAGUUACAGUAAACAGAAACAUCCAAUCAGAAUCCAAGACACAUUGGUUACUGUAAACAGCAACAUCCAAUCAGAAUGCAUGACACAUUUUUCACAUUUGACAUCCUACAGGGAUACAAUAUUCAGUGCCUUUAUAUAUAUUUUAUUGCAUAUGUUUAGUCAUUCAAAGAUGAAAUAUUUCUGAUAAUUAUUAUUUUAAUGAUUGUUUUUUUCUUUUCUUUUUUUUUCUUAAUAAAAAAGAGAUGACUACAUUAACUGUAAUCAAGAAUGCAUUUAUU